AUGACACGAGAAAUUAUACUGCAGCAAGUGAAAAUAAUGGAAAAAGGCCAAUACUUGAAAGAGACAUAAUAGCGAUCUUUGUUUUCUUUUUAAAAGAAAAAUGAAGUAAAUAUCUUGCAAAAAUUUGUUCAAUGUAAAGGCUAAAAUUUUAGCUUAAUAAGAUGCUUUUGGUCUGCAAACUCAUUCAGAGUUGAAAAAGUUUAGAAUAUCAACUAAAAAAUGAAUAAAUACAUGUCAAUAUAUCAAAGAUAUCUGACCAUUGAAGAGAGACAUAGAUUCUUUUCAGUUGAACCAAUAGUUUCUACAAUAAUAUAAAGGUCUACUUUGAAUGUCACACAUGAUGAGAUCUAAAAAUACUUAAAGCAUUUGGCAAUUGAUCAAUUGCAAAAGGAUGCCUUGGAUCAAUCUAAUCCAUAUAUAUAGAAAAGAACUUGCCCAUUCUGCCAAUCAGAAUUAAAUAAAAAAGAAGAUUUUGAUAGAAGAAGCUUGUCUGAGCUAAACUUUAGUCCCACAAGAAUUAUAGAUCUAAACAAAGACAUGAUUAUGAUAUAGAAGUAAAAUUAGCAAAGGAUGGGAUAUUCAGAAUUUACACUGAAAAGUCUUCUUAAAAUGAAAGAUUAGUAAAGCUUCAUUCAAUAUGAAUGCAAAUUAAAUAAGCUUCAAAGAGCAGCUCUUGCAAGAACUUCUUCCAAAAUUCCAGAUUUGAUUAGAAUUAUUUUUCCUCAAAUGACAGAGAAUCAAUAUGGCUUGAAAGAAUUUGAUUUGUAAUGGUAAUACAAGAGCGUUCAAACUUGCACUGAAUGCUUUAUGAAGAUAAAUUAAAUGUAACCUGAAUAUUAUAUUAAUAUAUUUCUUAGUUUGGAUAAGCAAGACAUUGAGGAGUAUAUGAAGAAUGAGGUAUUAUAAAACCCUAAUUUAAAGAAAAUUGGGGUAGAUUUCUUUGAGGAUGAAGUAAGAAAGAUUCAAUAAUCUAGACUAAGUGUGAGGAGAGCAAGCAGAUCUGGAAUUCACUCUAGACAUAACGCGAAUAACAGCAUAAAUCAUUAGGACUUAAGCUUUGACUUUGAAGCUAGAAGAAUAUAGAAUGAGAUAACUACAAUAAAAGAGCGAGGACAGUCAGUUAUAUCCGGAGGUGUUUUUGUGACAUCACUUGCAAACACUCAAAAGAAAAAAAAGAUUAAUAUGAGAAAACUUGCUAUGCAAAAGCUCGAUUGUGAAUAAGAUAUGAUCAAUGUUGUCAAUAAUUUUAGGGAAAAUUUCCAAUUAGAAAAAAUAAAAAAUUCAACUCAAUAUCAGUAAACAUUUCUCAAUGAACUGAGAUUAAAAGCUCAAUCUUAAUAGUCUGGGCUCUUAACCGAGAGGACUGUAUUUCCGAAAACUUUACUUCAGGAGUUGCCUGAAUUUUAAAAAUAAUACUAUUUCCAAGAAAAUUCAUUGCUACCUAUGAUUAUUUAAACUGAGAGGAGUGUUGAGAAUCCAUUUAUGAGAAGAAUAAAUUUAAUGGAGAGUAUCAAUGCUAUUUAAAAACUAAAUCCAACUCAUUAAAGACUAAAAUCUGAUUCUGAUUUGAGUUAAAAUUUAAAUAAUCCUCUCUAAAGAAAAAUAAGAACAUAAGCUGUGAAAAGAUUACUGGAUAUUUCUAAACAGCAAGAAAAAAAUUAAAGCAUAUAUGAUGAGAAUAACGAAAACUCUAAGAAUUUUUAAAACAUCAGCUCUUAAAAUAGUAGAUAAAUCACUCUUAACAGGACUCCAAUUACCAACAUUGAUAAGGGCUGGCUAGAAAGUAAUAUGGAAGAUCUAUAAUCAGCCAGAGACUAUACCUAUUUUGAAAUGACCUAAAAUAAAAAGAGUAAUUUGGUAAAAACUGACCAAGAAUAGAAGGCAGAAAAUAUUAUAAAGGAUGGAUUCAAGGCUAAAACAAUAGAACAAUACAGAAAGAGUGUAAGUCAUAUAUAGAUCGCAAAAUAAGCUAAAUCAAUUUUGGAUGAAAUGAAAGUAAAGAAGUAUUACAGAGAACAACAGCAAAGACUUAGAUAAUGUGAAGGAAUUAGCAAACGAAUGGGUCAAGUUCUUGCAGCUGAUGAAAUUAAGGACAUUGUGUAAGGAGGUGAGCAUGUGCUUUAAAGUGAUUUCAAAGAGGAUAAGAUAAAAGAAAAGUUGAAUAAGACCCAGCUUAUGCUAAAUUCAAUCAACAAAAACUUAGACAAUGUAGUUGAUCUUAUGAAGAAAAAAGACAUAAACUCUAUUGCCACCCUAGAUAAAAUAAAAAAAUGA